CUGUCAUCCCAAAAAAAAAAAAAAAAAAUACUUUUUUUGUGCCAAGAUCACAAAUUAGGACACAAAUAACAAAAGACGCUGUUGAUCUGCGAUCGAUCUUCGCUUCAGCUUCCUUCGCCGAUUUUUAAAAAACCUCCCCGCAAAAGCCGGCAGGAGAUUUUAGAAGGCCAGCCAGCCAGCCACCCACCGGAGCGCCGCCUUUGGUGCAACCCAAGAAAUAAACCCGACUAUCGAUAACCCAAUUAGCCCGGGCAGGCCUCUCCCGGUGCACACACAGUGCAGUGCACACUCAAUUGGGGGUACCACCAUCUGAUACCCCGCCAAAAUGGACCACCAAUACCCCCAUGACGCAGGGAGUGUGCCCAGCAACCGAGAAGAUUGGCCGUUGUUUACCAACGAGAAUUCGUACCACCCCGGCGGCCACACCGACAACAGCCUCAACCGGCCGCAUUCGCUAUCUCUUUCUUCAACAACAUCAUCGUAUGACUUCUCCGAUAAAGACUCCGUGUUUGAUUCCCACCGCGCUUCUAUCGUCAGCACCACCAGCAGCAUUGAUUCGUGCUCAAUUGCCUGCGGAUCACCACUGUCCAGGUCGAGAAGCAACGCCAAACAACUAGCACUCGCGAGACUCCAACGCUCUGGGAGCAACCCCGUGGGUUUGAACUCCAAGAAAGACGACUCUCCUUCCCGCAAAAGGUUUUACUCUUCCGGCUCCGCCCAGGAGGCUCUUGCAGCGACCGAGCCCGCAGGUGGCGGCCUGACAAAGAUGGAGGAAGAUUGGGUCUCAACACAGCAAAAGACAUUUCAGAAAUGGGCCAACAGCAAACUUGCUGAACGAUCACUAGAGACAAAAGACUUGGUGGAAGAUUUGAAGGAUGGCGUCCUUUUGAUUCAUCUUCUAGAGUGCUUGGCUUCCGAGUCACUUGGGAGAUUCGCUUCCAAACCAAAACUGCCUGUUCAGCGAUAUGAGAACGCCAAUACUGCUCUGGGCUUUAUUCAGUCCAGGGGCAUCCGCCUGACAAACUGUGGUGCUGAGGAUAUUGUCAAGGGUAACCGAAAGAUUGUCCUGGGUCUUAUCUGGACGCUCAUUUUGAGGUUUACCAUUUCCGACAUCAACGAGGAGGGUCUCACGGCAAAAGAGGGAUUACUUUUGUGGUGUCAAAGGAAGACGGCCUGCUAUGAGGAAUGCGAUGUGCGGGACUUCAGUGCAAGCUGGAACGAUGGCCUCGCUUUCUGCGCCCUGCUGGACAUCCACCGCCCAGAUCUGAUCGACUAUGACGCCCUGGACAAAACAGACCACAAAGGCAAUAUGCAAAUGGCUUUUGACAUUGCCCACACAGAAAUCGGCAUUCCCAAGCUCUUGGAUGUCGAAGAUGUUUGCGAUGUCGCCAAGCCUGACGAGCGCAGUUUGAUGACGUACAUUGCAUAUUGGUUCCACGCCUUUUCGCAGAUGGAGAAGGUCGAAAAUGCUGGCCGCCGAGUCGAAAAGUUCGUCAACAACAUGCAGGGCGCAUGGGAGAUGCAAAGUGCAUACGAACGGCGCAUGGCCGCGUUGCUUCAGGCCAUCCGUGCCCAAGUCGAGGGUUGGCAGCAGGCAAAGUUUGAGGGUUCCUACACGGAUGCCAAGGCGCAAGCUACCGAUUUCGCCUCGUAUAAGCGAGGCAAGAAGCGGGAAUGGGUUGCAGAGAAGAGCGAGCUGGCGACCUUACUCGGAAACAUCAAGACAAAGCUAGGCACUUAUAGGUUAAGGCCGUACGAGCCCCCAGCGGAACUGCGACUUGACGUUCUGGACGGCGAGUGGGCAAACCUGGCAGCGGCCGAGAUGAAGCGUGGUCAAUUGAUCAAUGAGACCAUCAGAGAUAUCAAGAACGCGCUCCGCAAGUCCUUUGCAGACAAGGCUAAUGAUUUUGCAUUGGCACUCAACACUAUCCAGCUGGCCAUUUCUGGGCUGGAGGGUGAUGUCGAAGACCAACUGCAUCACGUUCGCAAGUUGAGCGAAAACCUACCACCUCUCGAUGAGUACCUCAAAACUAUUGGAGCCGUGGACGCCAAGUGCCAGGAGGCAAACAUUGAGGAAAACGACUUUACAACUUAUACCUAUGACGAGCUCUGCUAUGAGCUAGGACUGGUAAAGUCCUCUGUCGCAAAGAAGCUUGCAUUCCUCGACAACCAGAUGGUGGCACGGAACAUGACGAACCUGACGCCUAUUCAGCUCGAGGAGUUCGAGUCCGUGUUCCGCCACUUUGACCGUGACGACUCCAACAGCUUGGCGGAGCUCGAGUUCGGCGCCGCACUGGCCUCGCUUGGUGUCGUCUUCUCAGAGGGAGAGAUGCACGAAUACUUUGUCGAAACAGCUAAGGGCCGCGACCGCAUCACCUUUGAGCAAUUCAUUCGCUUCAUGGUUGAGGUGACGGAAGACCAGAACACUGCCGAGCAGGUCUACCAGUCGUUCCGCGAAGUGGCUGAUGGCAAGCCAUAUGUCACGGAAAUGGACCUCCGCCACAGUUUGGUGCCUGACGAGGUCAUUGAUAAGCUCAUCGAGAUCAUCCCACCGCACAACGGCCCCGAUACUGCCCAAGAUCGUGGCAUGCCGCAGUACGACUACAUUGCCUUCAUGGACAAGUUCGUUGGCACUGACGCUGCUGCCAACGGUACCAAAAGUCCCACAAAGGUUACGGUAAAUGGGCAUUAAAAUAUUUGAUUCUUUUGGGAUAUCUGUGAUCUUCCAUUGUUUUCUUCAGUUCAAAAAUUCUCUCCGUUUCCAGCAGUUCAGUGUGUAACGUACCAUAGGAUACCAGGACAUUCACGACUCGAUACCACCCAGUAUAUCUCAUUAGCCUUAUAGACCCUUUUAACUUCUUUUUACUCUUCCAAGUUUUUCUUUGUUGCAUGUUGCAUGGUGGAUGGGCAUGGGCUGGCUUGCUGAAAAAUCGCUUAUAAAUAUUUGAGCGUGCGCUGCUUGACGGUGUACAAACAUAGAUGACAAUCAAACAUACUGC